CCUAAAACCUCCUUGUGAAGGAUGGCAGCCGCCUCUUUCCGCUACGGCAUGACCAUCACCGGGGCCGUGCUGCUGGUGACGGGGACGCUGUGCUUUGCCUGGUGGAGCGAUGGGGAGGUGGGCACCCCGGCCGGCAGCGGGGCUCGCCUCCUGCCUCCCCGGGAAGCCGAGGCAGUUCCCAGCUCCUCCUCCAGCGCCCUGCUCCGCUCCGUCAGCUUCUUCUGCUGCGGCAUCGGCGGCAUCCUCCUCCUCUUCGGGCUCCUCUGGUCCGUGAAAGCCAACGCCAGGGUGGUCUCCCGCCGCUACCAGUACCAUUUCCCCCGGGACCUGCAGUACUUCACCACAGAGCCUCUGGAGAAGUGGAACUGUAGUAAUUGGGAUGCCAGCGCCAUCCCCACCUACGAAGAAGCCCUGACCUGCAGACCUGCCCAUGGUGCCCCAGCCUACGUCCAGCCGCCGGGGAGGAAGGAGGAGCUCACGCCGCCCCUGUACCGCUACCUGGAGGAGGACGAGAGCUGGCAGGGUGGCCGCCGGCGCAGCUCCUCCGACAGCGCCUUGUUCCGCCCCAGCCCCUCCUGGCUGGAGACCCAGCACCCCGGGGAGCCGCAGGCAACGCCUCCCCCCAGCUACGAAAACAUCAGCAUCCGGGGUGUCUGA